GCUCCUGUCAUUGUCCGUGACGUCCAAAGUCUCUAUCUCUGUCUUAAAGAAAGUUUUAUUUUUACUUCCUGUAGAGAAAUUUUGCAGAGUAGCCUAAUCGAAACAUCCUUGCUCUUUUUUCUUCAUUAUACCGUGUGUUUUCCAGAGGAAAUCAUUAUAUAUUGAACAAUAGAGAGGUAGUGUUCGAAUGGCGAGCUGGAGAAUCACUGUAUUCCUGGCUCUUUUUACAUUGGUGCUAAUCUUGGAGACAGGUGGGGUAGAGAGAUUUGGAACAAGCUGUCUGCGAUACAAGACAUCGGAACUUCCCGAUAUAUCGUCUGUGUUUGGUACAGACCGAUACUGCCAAAAACACAACGACUUCCAUUAUUGCAAGCUGUGGGCAUGCGCUAAAACAAAACCAGAAUGCAAUCAAAAAAGACCCGGAAAUAACUGCUUUUAUUGUGAAGGAUCAUGCAACAUCGGCGGAUCCAUUGUCAAGGUAGGCGACCGCGUGUCCCACCCAGACGGCGUUAACGUUUGCACGUGCGGAGCGUACAAUCACGUGAGCAACUGCACGGAUGUUCUGCCUCCAUUGAGCAAGAUCUGCGGCGGAGAACAAAUCCAAACCCUACGUACGCAAGGCCGACGAAUCCUUCCUCCCAUUCGGCCGGGAGCUAGACCAAUAAAAGUCCACAGGCAUGUCCACAUUUUCGGAGGAGCGGUACCUGCGCCAGUCAUAAAGGUCCCCGUAGUUAAGGUUCCAGUGGUGAAGAUUCCACCUCCCAAGAUCAUAUCCGUCAUAACACCCCGAACUAUUCUGGUCCCCGCUCAACCAGUUCUCGUCCCUCUAGUUCCUGUAAGGAGACAGACGAUACUGCAGCCGGGAAAAUAAUGGAUGGACAUGCAGUUGUGACCUCUAAGUUUUUUUGACUUUCUGCAUUAAUUUCAAUCAACAGGUUACGUUAUUUAUUUAGUACUAUGCAGGCCCUAUAGCAAACAUCAGUAAAGUUUACUAUCUCAUGGAGAAACUGUUCAAUUAGUUGACAUUGUAUAUUGGUACAUGUAUAUAAUAAUAAACUUAUAUUUUUAUA